UCCCAGCAUUCACAUCUUGUCAUCCAGCAGCUCUUAGGUCAUUUAGAUGCAAACAGUAAAGGCUCAGCGACAGUGCGUGCUGGAAUAGUGGAGGUUCUUCUAGAGGCGGCUGCCAUCGCUGCCUGUGGCUCUGUUGGCCCCACAGUGCUGGAGGUGUUCAACACACUACUGAGGCAACUGAGACUCAGUGUGGACUAUGAGCUGACGGGAUCCUAUGACUGCACCAACAUCGGCACCAAGAUCAUCAAGGAGCACGAGGAGAGACAGCUGCAGGAGGCCGUCAUCAGGACAAUUGGCUCAUUUGCGAAUACCUUACCAACAUACCAGCGCUCUGAGGUUAUGCUUUUCAUUAUGGGGAAGAUCCCUAUUCCAGGCAUGCAUCCAACACUGCCCUCUACAGGAUCAGAGCCUGAGGUGAAUCGCAUGAUCCAAGUCAUGCUGCUGAAGUCCUUGAGACAGGUCACAUCUGGUUUCCAGACCACUAACAUGCUGACAGCUCUACCUAACUCCUUCCUGGACCCACUGCUGUCAUUUGCUUUGCUAGAGGAUGCUGAAAUUCGCCUUCUGGUGCUGGAAAUUCUGGUCAGCCUCAUCGAUCGCCAUGACAACCUCCCCAAGUUCUCCACCAUCAGUAUCAUCUCUGAUAUCUCUGUGCUUAAACUCAAAGUGGACAAGUGCUCACGUCAAGACAACCUCUUCAUGAAGAAGCAUGCUCAGCAUCUAUACAGACACAUCUACCUGUGCUGUAAGGAGCAGAGCAGCAUGCAGUCUCACUUUGAGAAGCUCUACGCACUCCUGGCUCUCAUCAGUAUGGAGCUGGCCAAUGAAGAGGUUGUGGUGGACCUGAUCCGUGUAGCGCUCGCUCUGCAGGACUUGGCUCUGAGCAGUGAGGAGACGUUACCUGGGUAUAACCGCUGUGCUGUUCAUGCAUUGUCUGCUGCUUACCUUAAUCUCAUCAGCCAGCUCACCACUGUUCCAGCAUUCUGCCAGCACGUCCAUGAAGUGAUUGAAAUGAGGCAAAAAGAAAUUCCGUACCUGUUACCUGAGGAUGUCUUCAUUGAAAAUACAAAGAUCCCUAAGACACUGGAGAAACUGGAGGGGGAGGUGUUGUUCCAGCAGGUGAAGAUCACAGAGGUUCUGGGAGGAAGUGGCUACAACAUUGAACGACUGGCCGCACCUUAUAUUCCACAGUUUACUGAUGAGGACCGGCUCUCAAAGAGAAAGAGUGUUGGAGAAACAAUAUCUUUACAAGUGGAGGUAGAGUCCAGAAACAGCCCUGAGAAAGAGGAGAGAACACCAGCUGAAGAAAUCACAUUUGAAACCUUAAAAAACGCCAUCGUGGACAGUGUAGGUGUGGAGGAACAGGAGAAGGAGCGCAGGAGACAGGUGGUUGAGAAGUUCCAGAAGGCCCCAUUUGAAGAGAUAGCUGCUCACUGCGGUGCCAGAGCUACAAUGCUGCAAAGCAAACUUAAUCAAAUUUUUGAAAUCACAAUCAGGCCUCCUCCCAGUCCAUCUGGAACAAGUUACGGCCAAACCCAGAAUCGCUCUGUGCCUGUUUAUGAGAUGAAGUUCCCAGACUUGUGCGUUUACUAGUGCAGCUCAACUCAGGUAGCAGGCAGAGAAGCAGAGAAUACAAACUAUAUUUUAAUGUUGUUAAUGCAAGAAAACUGACAGAUCUCCCACAUCUUCUAUGUUUUCCUAUGUAUACACUGCGACUGCUGUCAACAACUCACCUAACUUGUGAAGUUUUUAGAACUUUUAACACCUAAUUUGGAUUAAUUCAGUUUAGUUUAUUCCUUAAUCGUUUACAAUGUGUUUUCCCUAUUUACAGAUGUUAUUAAGAUAUUCUAUAUGAUAUUCUGGUCCUCCACAAUAAUACCAGCUCACAGACAUGUAUUUGAGCAAGUACUGCAGCAAUGUUCCAACUCAGCGGUGGCACAGAAUUAUUGGUGAAUCUCACCAAACCUUUCAGGAACAUGCCCAGGUCAUAUUUCACGCCAAAAUCAAAUGAAAUAAAUAAGCCUGUUUCAUGGAGCAAUAAAAUAAUUUGCACUGUGCUAUGAUUUUGAUUUUCUGUAAUAGUUUCACGCUUUUUACUCCAAAUUCUCUUUCCAUAAUGGAAAUAAAAUCUUAUUCUCAUUAUUGUAAUGCGAAGUUUAACACACCAUGGUAGUAUUUGUAGUACUGCUGUUAAUUUAUGCUGGUUUAUAUAGUAAAAAACAUGGUAAAAAAUGACUAUUACAGUUAUGAGAAUCACCAAUGAGAGUGUUUACUCAAAAUUAGAUGCAUUCAAUCCAGACACAUUAUGAUAAUAAGAGUUUGGGGGGAAGUUUAUCUUUAAAUGUCAUAUGUAAAAAUAUGAAUGGUCCUAAAAUAAGGCUUGAAUUUGUUUAAGCAUAGUAUUAUUAUAUAUUUCUUUGAUUUUAGGAUGAAAUGUGACCUGGGCAUUGUUUACAUGAGAUUCACUCUUUCAUAGUACCGCAUGAUUUUAUAAUUUUUUAGAUGAGGACCGGCUGUCAAAGAGAAAGAGUGUUGGAGAAACAAUAUCUUUACAAGUGGAGGUAGAGUCCAGAAAGGACUCUAAAAGGAUGACAAAGCAUGUAUUUCUUACAAAGAGAUUAAAUAUUAUUAGUAUCAGUGGACUGAUAGUCCAAUUAGUUGCACAAGAACGUCUCUGCGCAAAGAAUUAGUUCUUUUUGGUGCUAAUUUUGGUUUCUAAUAGAUUGAGGUUUUGGUAUAUUUACUUGUUUGUUUUUUUAAGUCAUUGAAAACUUUUUUGUCACAGUGCAAUCUGUGUGGAAAUCUGGACUCCAGAUAGCUAAAGUUGCUAAACACUGUUAUUACUGACUAAUGUUAAGGAGCUCCGGUGUUGAAGGAAGUGGUUAAUUAGCAUUUUUUACUAUUUAUCAAAUUGUACUCAUAGCAUCUAUAACCUGCAAAGUUUUGCAUAUUUUAAGUGCUUCCUCACAUUAUUGUGGCAUCAGCCAUUUUCAUAAUGUAAGUAUAAAUGUUUUCAUUGUGUAUAUAAUGUUCCAUAUAAGAACUCCAUAAAUAUAUGUAAAUUACUUUAUUAGUUUUAGAAUGCACUGAUUUAGUCUUGUUUAUUGGUUAGGUAAUUGUCUUUGUGUGCGUGUGAGUGUGUGUGAGCGUGUGCGUGUGUGUUUCCCCAUAAAGAACUAAAUGGCAUGACACCUUCAUUUUAAGAGUUGGCCAGUGGCAGUUGUGGUUUUUGUGAUUGACUGCUAGCUCGAGGGCUCAGACACAAAUAAAGAUAAACACCCAGCAGUUUUACCAUAUUUACCUAGACAUAAGUCUUGCAAUCCAUCAGGAAAGGCAGCAUCACCAUACAUCAAACUUAUUUUAUUGCUUUUAUGUUCCUUUCUUUUUGUAUGCCUGUGGUUUUAUACUGUGCCAUAGACUGAACUGCUGUGAUUUCUGUUGGAGUUUUGUCAACUUGCUAUUGCUUUUUUCAUCGACUGAUUGCUGUAAAUGUUUAGUGUGUGACUGUUUUUAAGAGCAUAUAAAACAAGGCCACAGUUAAAACAGUUUUAAAAUGUAAUUUCCAAUUCCAAUUAAUAUAGAAUUUUUAUUAUACUGGUGGUCAAAAGUUAUUAAUAAUGUACAGAUUUAGCUGUUUUGGAAGGAACUUUAUUUCACCAAAGUGGCGUUACUGAUGUAAAAAAAACAGCACCAUCACUAUUUGAAAAAAGUCAUUUUUAAUCAGAUCAUAACAAUGUAUGUAUUAGAUAAAAACAAAACAUAAAUAGCUAGUAUGAUGCAAAUUACAUUCUGUAUAGGUUUUCAGAACUCCAUGUGAAUGCGUGGCUUAUAUAUUAUAAAAUACUUGUAGAAUGCAUAUAGUAUCUCAACAAAGCAGGGAACGUUAGGUUUAGGGGAAGGGGUAGGUGUAGGGUGUCUGUGGGACUCUUAAGUGAUGCCGCAGUACAGUAUGGUAGUAUUCAAUUGGUGAAAAUAGCAUGAAAUAGCAUGAUUGUGCAAAGAACAUGCUUUUUGUUGCUAUUUACACAAAGCAGCCAGCAGGCAGUGGCAAAAUAAUUUUUAUACUGUUGUAUGAGUAAGUUAGGUGACGUGAAGUGAAGCCGCUUCAGCCAGUGUUUACAUACAGCACUAUAUUAUCGCUUGUAUUACUAAUAGUAAAGCAAGAAAAUAGCUUUAAACUGCUUUAAACAAACAACAUCAGCAUUACAGCUAAUCAUAUCUGAGAGUCUCAACAGACUGAUUAAUUACACAAACUGAAGGCGCUUACCUCUUAUCGUACUUUCCACAUUGGAGUGGACACUGUUUAAAAUGGAGGACAUUGCGGUUUCUAUAGCGAAUGACUCUUGCGCACCGGCUACCACGAAAUAGGUAGAAUUACCCCCGCUUGGACUGCUAUUUUCCACUGAGAAAGCUGAUCUUCAGAAAGCUGACAGCAUCUCUGCUUGGGUGUGGCAACCGGUGAACGCACACGAUCUGUCUCUCUCUCUCUCUCUCUCUCUCUCUCUCUCACACACACAUCCAUCCAUCCUUGUUUAUCCAAUAACUUGUUAGAAACAGCACAAGCCGUGAUACUAUUUCUGAAGUGAACAUUUUGAAUUACUAACGAAGGUUUGGACGCAUCAUUUGUUUUGAACCAGCAAUGGCAGAUUCUGAUCGGUCGCGUAAUAAAGUAGAUCCAUGCACAAAUGCAUUUUUAUGACCUUACUUACAUAAGUUUUUCCUAAUUUUUUUUUAUUUACUUGUUCAUUGAACUGUUGUGUAUAUAAGCAAUAUCAAACUCGCAAUCAUGCUAUGUGGCCCUAAAUCAGCACUGCUGUGAUUACUAAUGGCACUCGGCCUGCGGCUGAAUCACAGCAGUGCUGAUGUUAGGGCCAUAUAGCAUGAUUGCGAGUGUGAUAUUGCUUAAAUAUAUAUGUAUAUAUGGAUAACUUAUAAAUAUUUUAGUAACCUGGAUAGAAAAAUUGUUACAAUUUGUAAUGAUCUUGGUCUUUAAAUGCCAAUAUUAUCUGAUACCGACAUUCUUAACAAUAUAGCGUGUAUUUCUGCAUUACAUUGUCUAUACUCCAGGAUACAAUCAUCAUGCAAAUACUCAUGAAUCCACAGCUUGCAACAUUGCAAAAUCAUUUUAAUGUAUUCCAUGUACAGAAUAUUACAAUAUAACUAACUAAACUAGACAAAUACCCAGCAUUUCUGAAAAUCCUUUCUUUUUUUAAUCCCAGAGAUGUGAUCAAGUACAGCGCAGGUGUCUAAACAAAUCAUGAAUGUCAAGAUAUGAGCAUUCAUAGUCUGAAUGAAGCUUGUUUUGCAUAAUGUUCAUCCCAAAAUGUUUUGUUUUAGUUUUUUCAGAAGACACAAUGUUUCAGUGUCCUGUAAUUUUGUUUCAAAGGAAGCUUUUUUAAAUAAAUUAUUAUGUUAAUAAUAAUAUUUAACUUAAAAAAUAAAAACCCAACUAACAUUCUGUCCAUUCUCUUUCCUCUCUUAAUUUUUGAUC